UAAUAGUCACUCUGCUGAGGAGAUAAUACCGCUAAUAAUAAUAACUGGAGAUAUAAUAUACUCCGUGUGCGGCACCCUCUUUCUGCUGCUUCCUGUAUCAUGCUACUGUUGCCAGCGGUGUCUCUUUAAGAGGCAGGGCUGUGAUGUCAGUGCUGCUGCUGCUGUCCCCUCCUCAAGCAAUGAGCUCAUAGCCCAGGAUAGGGCAGGCAGGGAGGGGAGAGGGCAGUAAGCUGUGUACGGGAACACGUACAAUACCUGAUAGUGCCCACACACUGGCCAGCACGCGAGGAGGAGGCCUGGCUAUACAUGCUGCCCGUACCUCUGGCACAUGUAUGUCACCGGCAGGGCACUGCAGAGGGGCAUCACUAGUCACACCCCUAUCCUUCCUGCUUCUGUGGCACCGGAGCCCACCUGCCCUGGUCUGACCGGAGCUUCCCCCUUUAUACACUAUGCUGAGCUUGGUGUCACUCAACUAGGGCAAUGACCGUGUGUUGCCAACUUGGAAUCUCUGCUAGGUGCUCUGGCUGCGGUUGGCAUUGCCCAUGCACUGCACUGGGUGUCGGGGACUGGGGGCAUCCUGCAGUGGCACUUUAAUCACCAGCUCUAUUCUUCUUGCUUUCCACAGGGAACAAAGGACUGUGACAGGGGAGCUGCACCCGGACCAUAACAAAGCACUGUGACAAUGGAAUAGCUUUAUGUAACAAAGUCACACAUCCCUGGUAAUAGUAUGGCAAUGUGAUAGAUUCACAGUUUGUGUUGUGUGGCAGUAGUUUAGCUCUAUAUAGUUAUAUUAUGAUUAUGUGACAGCUAUACUGCACUCCAACAAUACAGUACUGUCAUGUUGUAGGACCUAUAUCUGCAAUGUCUUUGUUCACAUGGAAAGUUCCUGGCUUCUCUUUGAUGAUGUAGAAAGUGUCCCAUAGAUCUCCAAUAAUGGAGGUAAGAUCUCUGAAACAUUCUGAUCCCUAUUCCCUUGACCUCCCUGGCCUUUGCUCUGAGAUGCUAGGGGUGGCAGAGGAAGCUUUUAAGGCUGGCAACUUUGAACUGGCAGCAGAGAUCUAUGGUUCUCAAUUAGAUGAGAUGCCACAGCCUGAGAGAUCUUUAUGUCUGAAGAAAGGGGAUGCCUUGGCUUUAGCUGGACGAGUAGCUGAUGCUCUGGACUCUUACACAAGGGCAGCAAUUCUAAGUCAGCUUCAUCCAGAGGAGCUUGGAGUACUUGUUGAAAGCAUUGCUCAAAAUAUUAGAGAAAAAGAACUUAAAUUACCUUGUGCCAAGACAAAGAAUGACCCUAUACAAGUCCCCUGCACUAUAAGCAUCCCUGAAGAUCCUGACCGAUACCUGGAAUCUGACCUCUUCUCCUGCGUAAUGUGCAGGCUCUUACUGCUGGAUCCAGUCACUUUGAACUGUGGACACUCUUUUUGUAAAACUUGCUUAUUCGACAAGAACCCGCCUGAGUGCAAUUUCUGCAACAGCAGAGCUAAAAGUAAAGUAGAGGGUAAUGAAGCACCUUCCAUUGACAUUAGGGUAAAUGUGGUGCUUGGGAGCCUCUUAGAAAAGUGGUUUGUUGAAGAGACCAAGGCACGGAGACUGUCUGCGGAAGGGAAUACCCUACGGCAGAACGAUGAUUUAAUUGGCGCUUUAGAGAAAUUCAACACGGCAUUGGAGCUGGCUCCCCGUGAUUCCGUAUUAGCUGUACAGAGAGCAGAGCUCUAUUCAGUCAUGAAGAACUUCAAACAAGCCCUUAUUGAUGCUGAUACUGUCUGCAGGAAACAACCACUCUGGCCUAAGGGACAUUAUGUGAAAGCGCAAGCUCUUUCUGGACUGGGAAGGACGGAAGAGUCUUUGAAGGAACUUCUGUAUUGUGUUGCCUUAAACCCUGAAUGGAGUCCAGUGAAGACCAAAGCACAAAAGUUAAUGUGUGAGAUGCUGUUUCCAGCCUUUGAGAAUGUGCAGGCUAGCUUCACUGCCCGGGUACCAGCUCCUUAUACUAGAUUGAAACCGGUCUCCUUAAGUAGUCACAACAGCUCUCCUUCUAUGGAUGAUGUACCCCUUCCAGGAGGCUCAAAGGCCUCUGUGUUCAGAAUAACCAAAGCCUCACUCUCAGAGACGGAUCCGUUUCAAAUGAAAGAUUUCCCCGGAUGCACCAAAAUAUGUGACCUGCCCGAUGACAAUGCAACAAAAACUCUGGGAAGUGUCCUCUCUUGCCUUCCUGGAGUAGGUCUGAAGAGGAAACGCGCCAGCUCCUCUGAGGACCGUCAGAGUAUUGAGCUCCCUGCCAAAGCCAUAAAGAACGAUGCUGAAUCCCAGGGGGAAGAGCAUGGCUCACACUCCGCAGUGAGGGAGAUCCCAACAUUUCUGGUGGAUGCCUCUGAUUUUGAGUGUUCACUCUGCAUGAGGUUAUUUUAUGAGCCUGUAGCCACCCCAUGUGGGCACACAUUCUGCCUCAAAUGUCUCGAACGAUGUCUGGACCAUAAUCCGCACUGUCCACUCUGCAAGGAAAACUUGUCACAGUACCUUGCAAGCAGAGCAUAUAAGAAGACACUUCUGACAGAAGAACUGAUUACACGUUACCUACCCGAAGAGCUUACUGAGCGAAAGAAACUGUAUGAUGAGGAAAUCAAGGAGUUAUCAAACCUAAAUAAAGAUGUUCCUAUAUUUGUGUGCACCAUGGCCUUCCCAACAAUUCCUUGUCCUCUGCAUGUCUUUGAGCCUCGUUAUCGCCUAAUGAUCAGGAGGAGCAUGGAGACUGGAACAAAACAGUUUGGAAUGUGCAUAGCUGAUGAAUUAAAAGGGUUUGCAGAUUAUGGCUGUAUGUUACAAGUCAGGGAUGUGAAGUUCUUCCCAGAUGGCCGUUCAGUGGUUGAUACCAUUGGUCUGAGUAGAUUUAAGGUUUUGAGCCAUGGACAGAGAGAUGGUUACAACACUGCAAACAUUGAAUAUUUGGAAGACAAAAAGGUGGAAGGCCAGGAAUAUGAAGAACUGCUCCUGUUACACAACUCUGUAUAUGACCAAGCAUUGGCCUGGUUUACUUCUCUUAAGGACAAUCUAAAAACACAAAUUCUUAACCAUUUCGGGCCUAUGCCAAGCAAAGAAUCCGAUCUACAGAGUAAUUCAAGUGGUCCUACCUGGUGUUGGUGGAUGCUGGCAGUGCUGCCACUGGAAAACAAAGCGCAGCUAACAAUCCUGGCCAUGACAUCUUUGAAAGAUCGCCUGCAUGCCAUCAGACGCGUCUUAUUAUUUGUCACCCGUAAAAGACCCAGAUGACAGAGGUUUACCUCUAGUAUUGUGACUUAUAUAUUGUCUUCUUUAUAUUUUCGACAGAAGUGGAGACCUCAGAUAUUUUUUUUUUUUUUUAAAGAAAAGACUUUUCUUCUGCACUUAGAGACACUUUUUUGACAUUCAUUGUUUAUCUCUUUCUGUAAAAUUACCAUGCAGUGUCAAUGAAUGAACAACAUUUCUACCUGGUUUUGUCUCGCCUCCCUGCUCUCUGCAGGUGCUCCAUUACCAAUAGAUCAUCUGAAGAAUUUUCAUUUGCCGCUAACCAAUCACCUGGGGGUAGAUUUACCAAAGUUUCUAAAACAGACCAGUGGAAGUGUUGCCCAUAGGAAGUAAUCUGUCUAUCAUUUUCUAGGAUGCAGUAGAGAAAUGAAAGCUGAAAUCUGAUUGGUCGGAAUGGGCAACAACACCAGCUUUAGCAAAUCUAUGCCCUGGAGUACCUUAUUUUGACAACAUAUACAUGUUUCAUAUGUGCGUUUAAUAACAGAGGUGCAAGUACAGUAUAUAGUUGAAGUGGGGAGAGAUCAAACAUGUCUGUUUAUUGCCAUAGAGACCCCCAGUGCCAGCCAUGUACAUAUCUUCAUACAGCAACUAAUAGGAAAUAGGACAGUUAUCGGCCUGUGCUCCUAUAAAUCUAGAACCUUUCAUUUUGCUAUAUCAUUUCACAUGGUUAUUGUUUAUAUACAGUGCUAGCAUCUUGUGUUCUGUGAACUUUUACACUCCUAGGGGUAUAUUUAAUAAAGUGUGGGGUUUAUAGUAGUGGAGAUGUUACUGUAGGCAACAUCUCCAUUUAAGUAAACCCACACUUCAGUAAAUAUGCUCCCUAGCGCAUACUUUUACAUUUUAUAUAAAAUAUGCCAUAUUAAUAGGAUUUAUGUCAUAAUGGGUUAUUGGAAAUCCACAGAUUUGAGAGUACUUUAACACAUAUUACCUUGAAUCUUAUUUUAUUAUACAUUCUAUCAAAGAACACAUUGAGAAACAAAGAUGUCACAAAAAAAGGGAGCACUGUGUUUAUUAACCACUUGCCUGGCAUGGUCGCAUCAGAUGCGACCACACCAGGAAGUGCUUUAUCUGACCGUGUCGCACAGGAUGCGACCAGUCAGAUAAACAGUGUUAGCAGCGGCAGGAAAGAGAAACUUUCCUACACUGCAGCUCUCAGAGGUCCCUCUGCCUUUAGGCACCCUCUCCCAGUGAUUGCCAUGCUGCCGAUCAUUGCUGAUCGGUCAGCACGUCUGGACCCCCCAGUGUAAAUUAAGCUCCCCCUGUGUACUUGGCGACUGUCCCCACUGUUAAAAGUGAAGUCGCAGUGUUCUGAUAGUGCCGAGCAAUGUUCCGAUGUACUGGGGGGGGGGGGGACACGAUUUGUAGCUUAAAAAAAAAAAAAAGCUUUUUUUUUUUUUUUUUUCUUUUCAAUUAAAAUCAUUUUGGAUAAGGUUAAAUUCAUGUUUUCACCUAAGUUUCUGAGCGGUUUUUGGGAAAAAAUUGUCAGUCAAGUGCAUAAUAAACAAGCACAUUGCGUAAGUCCUAUUUGUCACGGAGACCAUCUUCCUUUCAUUGUGCUAGAAAAUACUAUUACUAUACGUGGAAAAAGAAUUUAAAGAAAUGCAAGCUAAAAGGGCAAAUUUAACACCCACACACAAUCAUAAUACAUAUGUUAUGCUUAAGUGCCACUCAAUUACAGAUUCUCAUUAUUUUACCAAUUAAGGCUAAAGCUAUCAUCUCUGGCUAGUGUAGAUUGUCCUUGAUGACGGACAUUACUGUUUCUGUUGGGAACAAUUUAUCAGUACCAUACUUGUAAAACGAUUACAAAUAUGUCAGCUGGGUACAUUAUUCCUGUUGGUUAUUAGUUUGAUCUCUCCCUCUUCUUAAAUAGGAUGAUCACCUCAGGUUGAUUUGUCACAACUCUCCUAUGGUUUUCCCUUAAGAAGAUACAAAUUCCCCUGUUCCGUACUGUUGUGGCCUAGCUGACUAUAGUGAUCCUGGACCUAAUGUUAUCAGGGACCUUUAUGAAAAGACAGUACACAACAAAUGAGGCUGUAAUUAAUAUGUGCUGAUGUUGACUCAGUUUACAAAAUGAGAUUAUACCAAAUGAGUGGCAGCACCUGACUGAACAGUCCUUCCAGCUUUUUGACAUAGCACUUCCAAGCUCCAGGAUCUCCCCUCAGCUACUGUAUACAUGGCAAAUAAGGAACAGGUGGUAGCUGUAUGUCUAUAAAGCAGGGGGUCCUUCUGCCAAUCUACUAGUAAUGGGGGAGUGGUGUAUUCUGCUAAACGGUCAUGGAUAAUAUGCAGCCCAGGGUCCCUUCUGAUGGCGAGUCUGUCACAAAGUGAGUGUAUUCCACUCAUACAGAGCCAUAGGUUAUCCUUCCACCUCAUCUGUGUUAGUGCCGCUGCUAAGAGCUAAUGUGGCCGGAUGCUUCUCCACAAGAGUAAUGCCUGGACCAAAUGCCACAUGUGAGGCAUCAGAAACAUGUUACCCGAAUUUCUGUAAAACCCCUCAAAGGUGGACAUUCCCUUAAUAUGUACACUGCAUUGGACCCCAAUCCAGAGCAAGUCAUUCUGACGUCUGCUGCAUUAACUUGUACUCGACCAUUGAAAGCUUAUCAUCAUUGCUCCGGUUUGCAGCACUUUUUUCUCUUACGCCAUGGUACAGAUCUGUAUGCAUACAUCAUAGCUGCAGUUGCGCCAAACAACCACCAGGUCCCGUGAGAAUCUGUUAGCAUCAGGCAUCUUUUUGCGUCUUUUUUGCCAAAAAUGCGUCUUAGUUGCAACGCAAUGCAGCUAUGAUGCACCAGGAGACUGUGUCGAUUAAUUUGAUAUAUCUGUGUGUGACUGAGUCUCUGAUAACGAAGAUUAUUUUCAAUAUAAGUACAGUUGUGCUCUGUAUACAGACUCUGUAACACGCACACAAUAUACAGGUGUUGCAUAUUAAAUUAAUCAGCAGUCACCUGGUGCGUCCUAGUCACAUUGAGACGCAAAAAAAAGAUACCCGGCUCUAGCAGAGUUGCAAAUAAUCUGGCGGCUCACUCACGCAAGGCAUCUUGCACUGCGUGACGCAUUUAGGCUAGCUGUAUGAUGACAUAUCUGAAUAAAUUAAGCCUUUAAGUGUUCAUUUUCUGGUUCUAGACAUUGAAUAACUUUUUUAUUUAAGGAUAAUAUUAUAUUAUAAUUGAACGGAAAACUCUUCAAGUACUUUCUCAAUACCAGCAUUUUACAAAACUUUGUGCCUGCGCCAAAGAUGUUUAAGCCUCCGUCCAUGUCUGUAGGAAAGAUAUACACAAUUGUGUAUUAUGUAUUAAGCCAUACAUUGAGAGAAGAGUGUAGUAAAUACUUACAGUAGGGUGCAUGCAAUGUGAUUGGUUUUACUUCCUUCAAUGUUUGAGUGAAUGGCCACUAUUGCUGCAAUCAAAUGUUCACACUCGCAAUGUAAUCCACAUCUGGUGGACGGUUACCACUACAAUUCACGCUGUUAGGCAAUGCUUGUGUUGCAGUUCUCAUAUCUACAUGUCUUCCAUGCUGCAUGCUUAGAUUAUAACAAAGGAGAAGCCAUUGUAGUUAUGUAUAAGUGUGCUGUCAAUAUAUAUCCCAAAAGACUAGAAGAUCAAUUAAAAUUAAUAAUGGAUCAUAAUUGACUUAAGCUUACCAAUUUAAAUAAGUAUCAAUAGAACACAUAGGGGUAUAAAUAUUAGUCUACUAGUUGUGGGCUGCUGCAAGAUUUUAUCAGUUUAGCUGCUAGACUCGAUUCCUGGGGCACGGAUGUAGCUACGAUGAACUUGGCUACAUCUGUAAAGCCGCAUUUGUUUUAAGGCAAUGCUGGUGCUGUAUAACCACUUGACUGGCAUGGUCAGAUCACAUGCGACCACGCCGUCCCACAGUUUUUGACGAGGAGAUCCAUUCUGCAGAUGUGAAUAAUAAUAUUACAAUAUUUAAAAAAAAAUUACUUUUUAAACUAUAUUGAAUAAAAUAAAAAAAUUAAAAUUUUGUGAAUGGUUUAGAAGGUAAAAAUCAGUCAAGUGGUUAAACAAUUAUUGCUUUAAAUCUAGUAACUUAGGGUCUAAUUCAGACCGUGUUGUGAAGCUAUUUUUUCACACUGUACGCGCAUGCGCAAGGUCCUAAACUGCGUUCUCUUCAGAACACAGUUUAAGACCUGGAGGGGGCGGGAACAGGGCAUCGACGCUCCAUUAAAGGGGCGCAUUCCGGGCAAUGCAGGUGUGUCCACACCAUUGCUGGGGCGAGUUGUGGCGACUGCGUGAUGUCACACACAGCCGCUGUGACCCAAAACAUGGCGGGUAGCCGUCUGCUUUAGCAGCUAGCCAGUGUAUGCAGAGGGCUACUCGAAACAUGAGAAAGCAUCGCCGCUGUGCGAUGCUUUUGCAUGUCUGCGGGCAGGGGGAAGCAGGACCCGGCAUGUGGGGCGGACUAGUCCUGUGCUGAGUGUUCCCCCCGCAUGUCAGAGGAAAUGAUCGUAGAUGUGCAUUUUUUCACAUAUCUACGAUCAGGUCUGAAUUACCCCUUAAUCACGAAAAUCUUUUAGCUGCCUGCAACUCGCAUGUUAUUACAUUAAUCCAAUAGUGACACCGGGCAAUAUCAACAGCAAUGCCCCAGCCAUUAACAGGAAUACAUUUAAAAAUAAAUAAAUCAUAACUUACCCCUUUUGCGGCCCUGCACUGUCCACAUGCUUCCAUACUGUGAAUGGCUGUCACCACUCUGGUGGAUAGCUCCAGCUUUCCACCAAUCAGCAUGCUAAUAGCCAUUCACUGUCUGGCUGCAGACCGGGAGGCAAAAAGCUCUGUAGCUACCUGCCCAGGUGGCAGAUGGUCACCCCAGCCCAGCCCGCUCAUGCUUGAAGGCCCCUGGAAUCGUGGUGGCCCUAGGCAGCUGCCUAGUGUGCCCAUACGUUAAGAUGGCACUGAGUGACACUAAGGAUUAUGGGAUAGAUGUGGCAUCUCAGUCUGUGAGAUAAUGUGGCAUUGUAAUUUAAAUGAUAGUAUGUAGUUGUGUUUUUUUCCAGCAAAAUGUUGUACUGACUAAGGGAAUUUGUGGGAUUGAAGUAUGCAAGCAUUUGUUUCUCAAAGCAUUAGAAUCUGAUGGGAAUAAUAUACCAGCUGAAAAAUUAUGCAAACUGCUUUUGAUGAAAAAUACUGUCAUUAUGUUUUACAUAUUGUGUUAAAUGACUCAUACAAUGAAUGUAUUAGUCCAGUUUAUUGCAAUGUUCUUUGACGUUUAUAUGUUGUUGUCUUCUGCAAGAGAUAAGUAAUCUGCUAAACUGAAUAUUUGACAGUUAUAGUCUAUAUGAUGUUACUACUCUACAUAAAGUACUAAUAGAGAUGGCACAUUGUAACAUUAAAAUAUUGUUGUAAUAUACAAGUUAUGCUGAUACAUAUAAUCUGAGGUCUGUUGUCAUCACUGCGGUGUUCAUUUGUAAAACUUGUGUAUUAUAAUAUUAUAAGAAAUAAUACACCUCCCACUGGUAAUUACAGUAUCACAGAUAUUAAAUGUCAUCUUGGAUUUCUGUGACCUGUAUAAAAGCGCGAAACCUGAGGCCUUGUUCUUUUAUAGCUAUAUAUUGUUUUUCUUUUAUAAAAUGCAUCACAAAAGAUUUUGAAACCUAUGUUCAUGAUCGUCCUCCUUUUAAAAAACAAUAAAAAUCUGUUGUACUUUAGUAGAACCAUAACAACACAACAACAACAAAUAACUAAUUGGUAGCGAUUAUUUUAGUUUUCUUCCACAGGGAGAACGUUGGGGUUGUAGGUGGUGGAUGAGAGUCCAGGCACCAAACAGUUAAGCUUUUCGGCUUCCCAGAAUGGUCGUCUCCUCUCCCCUAUAACCCUGCCUCCAUUCUCAGGCAGGUCAGAUUUUUGUUGGAAGCUGGGAUGCACCUUUACAAUGCUUUCAAUUUCAGCGCUACAGCACCAUCACCACCACCCCGGCGCCGAAAAUCUUGUAUGGCCAGUGCCAAGAUGGUACUUGCAGCAGAAGCCGCACACCGCGUCUAGCACCGCUCACUGUGGGGACCCAAGUAGCUGUCAUAUGAGGACAGGUAUAGGGACCCAUCUUAAAUGACCUGCAUUUAAAUCGCGGUCUGCCGCGUAACCAAGGAGAUAGACCGCGGUGCUGGUGUGGACGCGGACUCUGGUCAAGGAUUCCACUUGACCACCAAGACAUAAAAGGCACAUGUUUAAGUGUAUACACUAAAUUUAAAAAGGUCUUUAGUACCUGGGGUGGCAGACCAGUAAGGGAAGGUGGUGCUUAACCUGUAGCCCCUACCCCAGCUUUGGGUACCAGUCUACUGCAGAUUUCCCACCCUUGAGCUGCAAACAAUACUCCCUCCUUCCCUCGGAGACCAGGGCAGCCAUCUUCAGCAUGCAGCAAGCAAGGUCUCCGGGAACGCUGGGCUCAGUAUCCCUGUCAAAAUGUCUCCAAGGAGCCAGGAUUUCACAAACGCUUACAUCCUACCUGCUUUCAAAAACAGGCUGAGUAGUUGAUUGAAAUGCUCAUUGCAGUUAUAUUAUUGUGUAUUUAUCUGCAUUGUAUGUGACUUGUGCUAGUUCUGCUGUCUGAUUUAUCUUUUUUCCUGAUAUGUUGCUAUCAUUUUUCUUAUACCCUGUGAGACAGGUGCUUUCAUUGUUAUUCUGAGUAGCCGUUAAAUUGCUGACUUUUGUCACAUACUACACUGUUGCCAUAAAAGUGUGUAAGUGCGGCAUACAAAUUUUGCAGUUAUGUCUAAAAGGCAAAAGGUUGCAAACAGUCAGAAACCCCAUUAUUGCUUUCAUGUAAAAUGUGCUCUGUGAGGAUAUCUGCACAGGAUGUUGUGCAAGAUGUGUUAAAUGUUAAACAAAUCCUGGUCAGUUAACUGCUCCUGUACCUACACAGGACCCUCCUUGGUCUUCCUUUACACCAGGCAUGUCCAAACUGCGGCCCUCCAGCUGUUGAGAUACUACACAUCCUAGCAUGCUCUGACACAGCUUUAGCAUUCUCUGACAGCAAAACUGUCAGGGCAUGCUGGGAUAUGUAGUCUCACAACAGCUGGAGGGCCGCAGUUUGGACAUGCCUGCUUUACACAGUUAUUGGGUACCCUGGUGGACAGACUUACACCAGCCAUGGGUCCCACUAUGCCAGUACCAGCCCCAGAUGCAAAUCCGCUCUGGGUGGGAACUCUGGCGAGUUCAGUUCAAAGUCUGGCACAGAUAUUUAGAGCUUUACGAAAUACUGUAUGUUACCAGGGAACAAACAGCAUUCUACAGUAGUUUAACUAGAAAUACUACUUUUUCAUCCCAGUACACUAUUAGACUCAAAUGAGUCAUCUGAGGAGGAAGGUGAAGAGAAUACUCUCUCUGUCACGGAUUCAUGUGUAGCAUAGGAGGAGGCUUCUAUUACUGUAGAUGUACCAGCAUUAGUAGAUGCAAUUAAACAGAUCCAUCAGUUACCUGAUGAUGUACCUGCAGCUGUUGCUAGGAAAACUAAUGUAUUUAAACGACAGACAAUAAUCCAAUCAGAAUUUCCACAAUCUGAUCAUUUGAUGGAAAUUAGACAGGAACCUUGGAAUACCCCUGGUAAAAAGUUUCCUCUGUCUAAACGACUCUCAUCUCGCUAUUUUAUCCCUUUGGAGGAUAGUGCAAGGUGGGAGACUCCUCCUCCAGUGGAUUCUCCUAUCACACGUCUGGUAAAAACCUCUCUCUUACCUAUUACAACCAUUUCAUCAUUAAAGGAACCCACAUUGAAAAUUUGUCUCCGGUCUAUCUUUUCACUGACAGGUGCUGUAAAUAGACCUACAAUAGCAGCCUCAUGGGCAGCAAAAGCUAUUGAAUCUUGGUUGCCUCUAGUUAUAUCAGAAGAGUGCAGAAUAUAUUUGGAUUGUAUCAAAAAAGCAACUUUGUACAUUGGGGAAGCACUAUCUGAUGCUGGUGUGUUGGCAGCAAAAGCGUUGGCAACAUCAGUGCCUGUAAGACUAAUUAUUUGGUUACACGCUUGAAAAGCAGAUUUAGACUCAAAGAAAUCUCUGGAAGUACCCUUUACGGGAGAUUUUCUUUUUGGAGAAGAGCUAAACAAAAUAGUGGCAUCCUUAGCAGCUGCCAAAACAGCUUUUCUCCAUUCAGCUUCUACACCAUGGCCUAAGAGCUCAAAUUUACGUACCUUUCACACACAAGGAAAAGCGAAAGGACAAUCGUUUCCUAGGCAAUCAAAUGCCUCAAAGUCUACUAAGACUAUGCAGCCAUGGGCAGCAAGAUAAUCCCCAGCAGAACCUGAUAAACCCACAGACUGACGGGACUGGCCUCCCCCUGGGGGAUCUCACAGUGGGAGGCCAACUUCGCACAAGUCUGGGUCAAGGCCACUUCGGACGCUUGGGUGCAAGAGGUACACUCACUGGUACACCAUCUCUUUUAAAGGAUGUCCCCCUCAGCAGUAUUUUCACACAAGCCUUCCAUCAGACACAGAAAAGUCUUGGAUACUACAAAAAGUGGUUACAUCAGUCCUCCAGUCAAGAGUAAUAGUGUCAGUUCCUCAGGCUCAAAAAGAAAGGGGCUAUUAUUAGUACCUGUUCUUUGUACCAAAGCCAAAUGGGACAUACAGACCUAUUCUCAAAUCUCUCAGCAGAUUUGUGAAAGUUUCCAAGUUUCGCAUGUAAACUCUACGCUCCAUAGUUCUAGCAAUGGAGCCGAGGGAUUUCAUGGUGUCAUUGAACAUACAAGAUGCAUAUCUGCAUAUACCUAUUGCGCUGUCACAGAUGCAUAUACCUAUUGCGCUGUCAAAUCAACAAUACCUGAGGUUUGCUGUCAUAAACCAACACCAUCAGUUCCAGGCAUUGCCGUUUGGCCUGGCUACAGCACCCAGAAUAUUUACAAAAGUCAUGACGGCACUUGCGUUGUCAGGGAAUCAGGAUACUUCCUUAUCUGGAUGACAUACUGCUCCUGGCCAGUUCACAGGAGAUAUUGCACAGAAAAUUACAAACAAUGAUACCAAUGGACAAAAUAUCAAAACUAAGUGACAAAAUACAGCGGUUCCUUCACCAUCCACGGGUGUCAAUUCACUCGACCAUGCAAGUCUCUGGCCUGAUGGUAUCUACAUUCGACAUGGUAGAAUUUGCCCAAUUUCACUUUCGCCCCUUCACAAAGGUUGAUUCUAGCCCAAUGAAAUGGACAGCCUCAUCAGUUUAAACGGCAGACAAUAACUCUGGCUCCGGACGUUCGCCUAUCAUUAACUUGGUGGCUCCACAGCAAUCACCUAGACAGGGGUCUCCCCUUCUGGAUCCCGAAUUGGGUGUUUUUCACUACAGAUGCCAGCCUACGCAGUUGGGGAGCUGUAGCCGAGCAACACUCGUUUCAAGGGAGAUGGAGCCUGGCAGAGUCUCGGUUACCAAUCAAUGUACUGGAACUGAGGGCAGUAUACAGAGCAUUGACACUGGCACGCAGCAUUCUCCAAGGCAGGCCUGUGCAAAUUCAAUCAGACAAUGCCACAACAGUGGCAUAUAUCAAUAACAAAGGUGGCACUCGCAGCAAAAGGGCAAUGCAAGAGGUAGCCAAAAUACUAAAGUGGGCUGAAUGUCAUCUUCCGGCCAUAUCAGCUGUGUUCAUGCCAGGCCUCAUCAACUGAGAAGCAGACUUCCUCAGUAGUCAGGAUGUGCACACAGGUGAAUGGGCUCUCCACCCAGAAGGGUUCCAACUACUAGUGGACAGAUGGGGCCGGCCAGAUGUGGAUCUGAUGGCAUCAUGUCACAACCACAAGGUCCCGGUAUUUGGAUCCAGGUCACGGGGUGCUGUAGCAGUACAGUGGACCUUUCAUCUACCAUACAUAUUUCCCCCAUCAUCCCUUCUGCCAUGGGUAAUAGGGAAAUUCAAAGGAGGAACCUCAUUCUGAUCGCCUUAGCACUUGUUCACCGACCUACAGAGCCUUUCAGCAGGGCGACACCUUCAACUUCCUCAGUGACAGGACCUUCUAUUCCAGGGGCCAUGUCUACAUCCGGACCUGAACAGUCUGUCUUUGACGACGUGACUCUUGAAUCAUCCAUUUUAAGAGCAAAAGGAUUUUCAACCUCUGUAAUUCAAACAAUGCUUAAUGCAUGCAAGCCUGCUUCAGCACAUAUAUAUUAUAGCGUAUGGCAUACCUAUUUCACAUAAGGCGCUACUAAGCACUACGAUACAACUAUAUUUAAAGUAUCAAGAAUACUGGCUUUUCUUCAAAGAGCAUUGAAUCUAGAUUUACGCCUUGCUACUCUGAAAGUACACAUUUCUGCCCUAUCAGCAAGGUUUCAGAGAAAUAUUGCUACACUAAAGGAAAUAUGUACUUUUUUCAAGGGGUCACACAUGUACCACCUCCAUAUGUACACCCGGUAGCUCCAUGGGAUCUCUCUGUAGUAUUUGAGACACAUCAAUAGCCCCCUUUUGAACGCUUACAGUCAGAGGACCUCAAAUGGUUGAUGGCUAAGACAAUAUUUUUGCUGGCUUUUGCUUCUGCCAAGAGGGUAUCAGACUUAGGAGCUCUCUCCUGUUAUCCACCUUCCCUGAUUUUUCAUCCUGACAGGGCUGUUCUAUGGACUAGGGAGGUCAUUCAGAUCUGAUCUCUGGGCUGCUAAUUUUGCUGACCUGCCUGAGCAUGAAGAUGGAGUUAUAGGGGAGAGGAGCCGAGCAUUCUAGGGAGCCGGAAAGCUUAAAUGUUUGGUGCCUGGACUCUCAUCCACCACCUACAACCCUGAUGUUCUCCCUGUGACUCUAUGAACCUCGAGGAAAGAGUUAACAGGAGUUAUGGUAGACUUACCUUUGUUAUCUCAUAAAAACUGGAAAAUGGGAUAUUUAUAUUUUAUAAAGAUAAGUUUCUUCCCCUCUUCCCCAAUGGCAGCUGCAGCACAGUCCAUAAUUCAAAUAGGAGAACCACAAGAACUGCCAGCGAGUCCCGGCCAGCAAUGUUUGGCAGCGUUUGGAGUGGCAGUUGAUGUGACUCCCCUAUUUGAGGUUUGGACUGUGCUGCAGCUGCCACUGGGGAAGAUAUAUUUAUCUUUUUUUUUUUUUUUUUUUUUUUUUUUAAACAUCUCUAGAAAACAGAAAUAUCACAUUUUCAAGCUUUUAUGAGAUAUUUAUGGCCUGAAGCCCUUGCUGGAGUGUGCUCGCGCAGCGGGUGCACUGCGCGUGCACACCCUGUGAGACCCAGGCAGUCGCGAGGUGGGGGUGGGCAUACCAACAGCGUUAGAAUGCUAUAGGUGGGGAGCGGUCCGGACCGUUGGUAGGGAGUUACUUGGCAGGUGUGAAAGCAUCACUGCCGUGCAAUGCUUUUGCACCCUUGUGGGCCCUGUGCUGGGCGUCCCCCCUCAGGUCAGAGAAACUGAUUGUAGAAGUGCUAAAUUUUGCACAUCUACGAUCAGGCCUGAAUCACCCCCAAUGUUUAUUAAAUAUUCCCUUUAUUAAAUAACACUGAGUGACUCCAUUUAAAACCACACAAUGGUAUAGUGCAGAGGUUUACUAAUGUGAGCUGGAAAUCUAAAUUACUAGAAACCAAAUUAACCCAAAGCGUCUCGUUUUCUUUUUGUUUCUGCUGCCAUAAGUUGCCCAUCCGAUCUGAUUUUGCUUAUUUAACUUGAUCACGGUUGUACUAUAUGUGAUCUUCAAAAUAAUUACUAUACAUAACCAUACCUCCUUACAUCUUGAUGUGUCAACCCAGGACUCCAUGCGCGGCGAAGAAAAGGAGCGUGGCAUGUUGAAAAGGGGCGUGACUUUACGUGAAUGACGUGAUUGCAAGUCACGCCUCCCAUUUUUGUCACAGUAAGGGCACGGCCAGCCCUCUGUGAGCUGCUGACCAUGACCCCAGUCCCUCUGGCUCACUGGAAUAGACACUGAACAGAGCAGCGAGUGAUCGGGAUCCUCCCAACUGCCCCCCACCACGGGACAUUGCGGCCCGCGGGAGGGACAGCGGGACAGACCAAAAAAAAUGGGACUGUCCCGCGAAAAUUGGGACAGUUGGGAGGUAUGCAUAACAGAAGUACAAUUCUCUUAGGUAUCUCCUAAUACAAUAGAAGCUUUGCAGUGUGUAUGGGGAUCACUGUUUUUUUAUUUUAAACAUUCAGGUUUGUUUGGGCCUGACCAACCAAAUCAGGGCCAUUUUGCCAUUCCUGUUACUGACAUAUCUGGUUAAUGGGAGACUUGCCAGAUCGUCUAGUGGGUGGGCAUUUAAUAUGUUUAGCAAUCUUCCAACAGAAAUAUUUUAUUCAUUUACAGAGUGAUAUAUUUUUUUAAUGUUGUUAUUAAAAAAAAAAGUCUGUCCAUUUUGCAAUUUGCUCCUAUGACUGAGGUAAUGAAAGAGAAGAUGCUUUUAUUUUGGGGCUGCAGUAUAUUAAACACCGUAUAACCGUACAGUACUUCAAGGUAAUUGGAUCUUUUUAUCUAUGGUAAACCGUAGCUAACUUGAUGGUUUCACUGAAAAGUUUACUUUUCCCAGACUGCUCUUCCUACUUUUCUGCAGGAAAUGUUAAUUAAAAAGUUUUUAUGAA